UUUUUCAUAUGCGACAUAAUCUCACUUUAAUUGAAGUUGGAUGGCUUUGUCCUGCAUUAUUUUCAUUAUUAAGAGUCUCCCCCCAAAUUAAUGCUGAUCAAAAUUCCAAAACUUUAUUAAAACUUAUAAAUGGGUCGGAUUGUAAAUGGCCUAAUGGUCGAAAUGAAUUAAUGAAUGCAUUAAUAGAAAAGGCUACAAUUAGUGGAAAUAUGAAUAAAGACUACGUAAGUGUGUGA